AUGGCGGUCGCAGAAAGUUUCCAUCGUUUCCAUGCUCCGUCGUUCCGUGUGCAACAAUGUUUUGGAAACUCCUCAACCACCUCAACUUCUUUUCUUGACAAGCCUCUGUAAGCGUCAGACAUGAAAAACCCAUGCACAAAACGCAUUAACGCGUGAGUUUAACAUGCUCGCAAGCAGUUUCAAACUGAGCUCGUUGUGGAAACUUGCUCGCAUCCCGGGUCCCUUCGGGAACCAGCUGAAAAUGUGCCUAAGCUCGUCGGCUCUACAGAAUUCGCCGUCGUCUGAAAGUGACGCAGGGUAUGUUGAUGAACCUGAAGGUAGUCUCGCUCACCAAACCCAUGAGCGCAUUGAACUCUUAGUCGACCACCUCAAGUGCUCCACGUCUAGUGCGACGAGCAUUUUGAUGAGGAACAAAAAGCUACUCGACAUCAAGCAGGAGACAUUGGUGAAGAACAUGGGCAUUCUCAAGGCACUCUUCCCGCUUAAGGACAUCCUGAAGCACCCCGAAAUCCUGAGCUUCCAGUUCGGCACGGCGGAGCAGCGGUACCAUAAUUUGGAGGAGAUGGGCGUCAAGACUGUGACCCCUGGCAAAGUAGUUGGGUUCCAGGAUAUAGUGGCCAAACCGGCAUACGUGCUGAAGCGCCACCGGCUGAUUCCCAGCGAGACGGAUCCGGCGGUACACAUGCUUUCCUUCCUGGACUGCCCGCAGAGUGUCCAGGCCGAAAUCCUGUCGAGGCUGCCUCUGCACUACACGCUCACCAUGAGCAUGAAGGCGGUCAAGCGGGAGGUGGUGCGCUCCUACCUAAGCUGGCGACUCAAGUGCUCCAGGGAGGAGGUGGCGGCCCUGAUCGCCAAGUACCCGUCUGUGGAGAACAGAAGCCUGCAAUUCCUCCGGAGGACCAUUGAGAUCGCUACCAACAACUUUAACUUCACCUGCAAAAAGAUAGUGAGCAACGGCUUUGUGCUGCUGGCCCACCCCAACAACCUGGAGAACCUGCUGUGCCAGGUGCGCCACCUGGCCGGAAUGGACGUGCGCCAGCUGGGCAACCUGUGCCCCCGGCUGCUCACGGUGCCCUCCGAGAACGUGGUGCGGGUGGAGCGCCUCCUGCACCAAUACGGCAUCUCCCAGGCGCAGGCAGCACGCUGCAUCGGCAUCUACGGGCUCAGCCCGGCCACCAUCGCGGCGCGGCUGCAGGAGCUGGACAAGGUGGCGGAAUUCCAGGUGCGCAAGGAGUGCCCCCGCAUCCUGAACUUGGUGUACUACGCGUCCAAGGCCAAGCACCGCCUGGAGCUGCUUUCGCACCUUGGCUAUGAAGCAGGAGUGUCCAUGCACGUGCUCAGCAUGGGCUCGAAGGACUUUGCGCGAGUCUUUUACAGCGGUAGCGACAGGGGACGCUCGCAGGAGACGGUGGAGUUCCUGUCCAAGUUGCUGAACCGGGACGAAGUUGAGGUGAAGGAGCGGCUGGCGCAUCACCCGUGCAGCACUUUGGUUUCUCUGCUGAACGCCCGCCGGGUGGUGGACUUCCUCCUGGCCAAGGGGGUCUCUAAGGAGCAGCUUUGGUAUGGAAUACAGGUGGUCUUGUACGACACGGAGCUGGUGUCGGCCCACUUUGCGAGCCUGCCCGACCAGGAAGAGCUGCAGCCCUUCUCGGAGUGGAGAGAGGCUCCUGAACUGGUCGAGCUCCUCGUGUACUUCAUGGAGAGAGAGACUCGCUUCACGGGGGUCACCAAGAUGGAGGUGCCGAGCUCCGCCACCGUGGAGGACGCGUCCCCUCCGGUGGAGAACCUCUACUUCAUACAGACCCACAAGGUGCACAAGAGGCCAGCCCAGCAGAGUCGCGCACUUCUUCCACCAAACACGUGACCAAUGCCAAAUGGAUACCCGAUUGAGCCAUUGCUUGCAACUCCAACAACACAACUGCAAAACUGACGUGGCAGCUUAAAAGCACGAGCAUCGCGGCGCUAAAUCAACAUACGAACGGCAAUGACGGUGCCGACUGUAUUGGCACUGUGUCACUAAUAUAGCGCGAAGUUAGUGCUGCAUCAGCAAGGUCAGCAUUAUUUCCAGCACCAACUAUACUUGCUUUCACCCCAAGAAAAAUGAUUUUUUGUGCAUUGUUCAUACACCAUGCAGAGUAGUUUUGACAAGAUUUGGUUGUCGGUGGAAGGAGCGAUGCUUUUGGCGUUUAAGGCAUAUACAUCUUGAUAAGAAUACAUAUAUCUUAUCGAAAACACACCUCUUUCUAUCGUAAUUCUCUACAUUAGGGAAAUUAGUAAUGCUCGGCAAGGAGUUGGACUUUUUUUACUACGGUUCUUGAAGGGAAAACGAGUAUAGUAGUGCUGAGGUUGCACUAUGGUGUAAAUGCGCGGACAGGCCUUGAUGUUCUAACCGGAAGGUGCUGCUCCGAUUUCGCCGCAGUCACGAAUGGAAGGCCAAACGCAUUUUCACAACCUCAUGUUUUAGCUACUCUGCCCCGUUUCACCUUACGACAAACUGCGGAGGAUGCUAUGAGCCACCGAAGAUAAUCCCAGUGUCACAAUAGUGUCGUGUGAUUGUGCACCCGGCAGAUUGCUGUCUAUAUUUAAAGGUUGCAUGACCUUGCCCUGGCAUUGAAUUGGCUCCGAUGGCUUGUAGUGCCCACUGCAGUGCGUCGUAAGAUGAAUUGGAGUAUAAUUAGCUGCCGACAGCUUUGCCUGGAGUUGUGAGUAGUUUAGCAGUUGUUCAGGUGCCUUACUAAUGUCCAUGUGGAGGGAAAAUUAAGUUGCUUAGUUAGUUCGGAAAGAAAACUUGUCAUACUUCGAUGAGCUUUCCUGCCGAAGAUUCGCGAAAUGUUUGCUCGGUUGAGCCAAGGGCUUUUGGGGCCUCCUCAUAAUCUGGGGGGUGCUGUGCGCUUGAAAGGAGGAGGUGGUACCCUUCAAAUGUUUGACGUGUUGGAAAACAACCUUAGACAUCGAUUUUUAGAUAUCGUAUCGAAUGCUUAAAAUGCGAGAGCACUGCGGAGGUUUUAGUUUUAGUUGUGACGUCUCGGCUCCGCGGGCCAGACUCGCCUUACUUUCCCCAAAUGGCUGUUUCAGUUGAGGAGAGUAUAAGUUGUCUCGGUGUUCUAAAGGGCACCGGUGUUCAAAUAAAUAUGUCUCGUUUU